CCUUUUCUGCCUGGUAGCCGGGCCUUGUUCGCCGCCGCCACUGGACCUGGAAUGAUCGGAUCACUCCUCUCCCCUUUGGUCCACUCAGUAAAUAAAGCCUACUCCCUGAGAGCUGUCUGGUUCUGACCUUUGUUCCUCGUUUCGGGGUGGGGUUCGGGGAGGGAGCCGUGAGCAACUUUUCUCCGGGCUCAGAAUUGGCCGCUGGCCGUGGUCCCGAACCCUCCCUUGCAUCGCCUGGCAUUCGUCCUUCCUCUGAGACUGGCGCUGGCGACCUUCUCAAUGGCACUGCUGCGCAGACUUCAUGGGGUGACCAAGGCGAAGCGCUCCUGGGCCGGUAGGGAUUUGGAGGUGGGGAAUGCGCGAGGGAAGGAGCGGGGUGUCCAGUACGAGCCCUUGACGGCUGCCCUCUCGGGGUCCCAACCCUGUGCAGGCUCCCUGACCAGCAGCUGCCUGUCGGAUCCCAGCCUCUGGGACCGGCUCCACACCCAGGCCCUACCCGGAAGUUCCCCUAAUUUCGACUGGUUUUUUGGAUACGAAGAGGUUCAGGGGCUUCUCCUGCCACUACUGCAGAGAGGGACUCCUCAGGGGCCAGCAGUGACUCCACUCAGGGUGCUGGAUGUGGGCUGUGGGACCUCAGAUUUGUGCUCUGGACUUUAUACCAAAUGCCCCCUGCCCUUGAACGUGCUUGGGGUGGACUUUUCUCCAGUGGCUGUGUCCCGAAUGAAGCAGAUGCUAAAAGGGCACUCCGGAUUAAGCCCCAGGCACCCCGAUUCUCGUCUGCAUUUCCUACAAGCUGAUGCCAGGAACCUGGGCUCUAUCUGUCCUUCUGGGUCCUUUCAACUGGUGCUAGACAAGGGCACCUGGGAUGCUGUGGCCAGGGGUGGCCAACCUGGAGCACAGCAAUUGCUGUCUGAGUGUCUUCGGGUGCUGGUCCCCCGGGGUACCCUAGUGCAGUUCUCAGAUGAGGACCCUGAUGUUCGUCUGCCCUGCUUGGAGCAAGGGGUUGGCAGCAGAUUGGUGACAGUACAUGAACUGGGACCCUUCAAGGGACUCUGCUAUUUUGCUUAUUUGGUACAGGCAGCUCAAUAAAACCAAUCUUCCUCAUUA